CUCCCGCUCUUAUAUGCCACCUAGUGGUCAAGUGAAGCGUAAAUCUAUACUGGCAGACGAACUUAACAAUAUUCACAUUCACUUCCCUUGUGACAUUUCAUCAACGUUCAGUGCAAAAUAGAAAUAUAAAACAAAAUAGCCGGCGUGGAAUUAUUCUUGAACGAAAAUAGACCGUGUGUUGAUCAAAAGCCGGCUCGACCGAAAGGCUCGGAAUAAGCGACACUCCGUUGUGCACGUCCUAACCGUAUUGAUCGUGAAUACAAAAUGGGUCAGUUUCAACCGGUCACUCAUGUCCUCUUUGAUAUGGAUGGCUUGUUGCUAGAUACAGAAACCUUGUACACAAUCACCAUACAGCAGAUUGCCAAUCAAUACGGUGGCAAGGUAUUUACAUGGGAAAUGAAAAGUCGAUUAAUGGGAAUGAUGGGACGAGAAGCAGCAGUCGCCAUCGUUGAAACUUUAGAUCUUCCAAUCGAGCCUGAGGAUUAUAUGAAUUCUUCUCAACAAAUAAUGGCUAGGAUGUUCCCGUCUUGUCAAUUUUUACCAGGUGCAGAACGUCUUCUACGGCAUUUGCAUUCGAAGGGCGUGCACAUUGCGCUAGCUACAAGCAGCAGCCGCGAGAAUUACGAAUUAAAAACAACUCACCACGGAAGUGUGUUUCAACUGUUUAAACACAUCGUAACUGGCAGCUCGGAUCCGGAAGUCAAACAUGGCAAACCAGCGCCGGAUAUUUUCCUGAUUUGCGCGUCUCGAUUUCCCGAGCCGGUCCCACACCCGUCAAGUUGCCUAGUAUUUGAGGAUGCUCCAAACGGAGUGAAAGCCGCACGAGCAGCCGGAAUGCAAGUAGUGAUGGUACCGGAUCCUCGUAUGGAUCCACUUUUGACUCAAGAAGCCACACUCGUGCUCAAAUCACUAGAAGACUUCAAACCGGAACUAUUUGGUCUGCCUGCCUAUGAUUAAAAAAAGGAAAAACAAAUCAGGGUUACUUAGGAAACUAAUUUCUUGGUGAAGUGCAACGGAUUUUAUGUUUCACAGCUUUUAUGUUUCACAUGUUUGUUGUGGCUUUGUUUUCCUUCCUCGGCAACUGCCAAAGUGAUGUAAAGUAGCAUUGCUGCUAACUCCUUUUAAGUUGAUAGCACAAAAUACACGUCUAUUGGAUCUCC